UUACAGCUCAAACGUUUCUUCUGCUGAGAGAGUGGUGUCUGCGUGUUGUACUUCUGCUAGCUAACAACACACAAAGACUGAACUUUUAAAGAAGCCUCCAUAGCUCUCUCUCAUACUCGGUGAUAACUCAAACUGCAGCCUCCAUUUUGACGGAGUAACGCUAAAGGCGACACAAAAUAAUCUCUUCGUUUGAAUCUACAAAGACUUAAAAACUCCACAGCAACCAUGUUUGAGGCUCGCCUGGUCCAGGGGUCCAUCCUGAAGAAGGUGCUGGAGGCUCUGAAGGACCUGAUCACAGAAGCCUGCUGGGACGUCAGCUCGUCCGGCAUCUCCCUGCAGAGCAUGGACUCCUCUCACGUCUCCCUGGUCCAGCUCACCCUGCGGCAUGACGGCUUCGACUCGUACCGCUGCGACAGAAACCUCGCCAUGGGAGUCAACCUCAGCAGUAUGUCAAAAAUCCUGAAGUGUGCAGGAAACGAAGACAUCAUCACCCUCAGAGCAGAAGAUAAUGCAGACACACUUGUCCUCGUGUUUGAGACACUCAACCAGGAGAAAGUCUCAGAUUAUGAGAUGAAACUGAUGGACUUAGAUGUGGAGCAGCUUGGUAUUCCAGAGCAGGAGUACAGCUGUGUGGUGAAGAUGCCCUCCGGGGAGUUUGCCCGUAUCUGCCGUGACCUGUCCCAGAUCGGUGACGCCGUCAUGAUCUCCUGCGCCAAGGACGGAGUCAAGUUCUCCGCCACGGGAGAGCUGGGCACAGGCAACGUCAAGCUGUCCCAGACCAGUAACGUAGACAAAGAGGACGAGGCGGUCACUAUUGAGAUGAAUGAACCCGUCCAGCUGAUCUUUGCCCUCAACUACCUGAACUUCUUCACCAAGGCCACGCCGCUGUCCAAGACCGUCACCCUCAGCAUGUCCGCUGAUAUCCCCCUCGUGGUGGAGUACAAGAUUGCUGAUAUGGGACACGUCAAAUACUACUUGGCGCCGAAGAUCGAUGAAGAGGCUUCCUAAGUUGUUUUUUAUUAUCAGCCCAAAAAGGGAGAAUAGAGAAAAACAGGUGACUGGGACUUGUCUUAAGUGAUCUCAUGGUGGUCGCUGAUCACUGUCUGAGGUUUCUGAUGUCAUCCUGUCUAGUGAGAUUCACAGCGGGAGGUGUAGUGUCAACUUUUAUUAACGGUCAGCCGUAUGAAUGAUGCCAUCUGUGGGAUGUGAUGAAGCUUCGGCUGGCUGUGGUCCAAACAGCCCCAGUGUAAAUGGCAGCACUUGUUCACACCACUUUUGUGUCUCUCUCUCUAUUUUUUUGCCCAUUUUGGGAAAGCAGAUUUCAAGUAUCCCAUUCCUCCUUGUAGAUAACGCAUUUGUAAAUACUUCCUGUGGUUUCGCACUGUCAGCCAACUCCAAAUGUUUUUGUAUUCAUUGAUUCAGCCCAAAAUAAAUGAUUCAAGUUGUUUCCAAAA